UGACUUGACUCAGACUGCGACUGGCAGUGCAAGUACUUAUCCUACUGAUGGAUGUUUUGAAAAGGUACCUCCUCAAGUUUUCGCUGAGGAAAUCUUCCCAGAUUCAGGGCACCAUGGCAGCGGCGACACAGAUACUUGCAUGCGAUUCUAUAUCCAUUACCUUUCCUUCAGACGACCAGGUAGCGAUCAGCUCACCUGAAACUCUUGCAGCCUUACAUACCGCAGCGUCCUGCCUCAAAAAUCUCCUUCCAGUCGCUUUUCCAACAGAAACCGUUUAUGGGCUGGGUGCUAUCGCUCUAAACGCGACCGCAGCCCUUAAGAUAUUCUCGACCAAAGGCCGGCCAGCUGACAACCCUCUCAUCGUACAUGUGUCAUCGCGCCGUAUGCUACAGUCUUUGCUUCCACACAAUUAUGUACCCUCCCGUUCUUACGAGUUGCUCAUGGAGCACUUUUGGCCCGGACCCCUCACGUUACUUUUUCCUUGCGACCACAGUCUAAUACCCGACAUCAUUACUGCAGGCCAACCAACUGUCGCUAUCAGAAUGCCAUCACAUCCAGUAGCAAGAGCACUCAUCGCUGUCGCAGAUGCACCGCUCGCGGCUCCAAGCGCCAAUUCUUCCGGAAAACCUAGUCCCACCCGGGCAGAGCACGUGUUGAAUGACUUGAACGGCAAAAUUUCUGUCAUUCUAGACGGCGGCCCGUGUGAAGUUGGUCUAGAAAGUACGGUGGUGGAUGGUCUACAUGAAGAUGGAAACAUCCGCAUCUUGCGCCCUGGCGGAAUCACAGUGGAAGAUAUUAAACGAGUGCUCGUAGAUGGCUUCUCCGACGCCGAAACGCCAAUACCCCAAAUUCUCGUCCACCGUCGUGAUUUUCGUGAUGACGCAUUGGAACAGGCACCUACUACACCUGGCAUGAAAUAUCGCCAUUAUUCCCCCUCAGUGCCGGUGACGCUGUUGCACAUAUCCGAUGUUCCCCUUGGAAUAGAACCUCUUAGCCCCUCCGCUUUUCUGGGGGAUCUCAAGCGUUCGAUGCCAAAUUCUCCUGACACUCUCCGCGUUGGGUUAUUGAUGCCUUCGGAUUCUAUCUUAAUGAAAUCCCUCGUCAGCGACACCACCAUUCAGUGGCAUGAAUUUCCUCUUGGGCUGGUCUCGGAGCCGGCAAAUAUUGCAAGGCGGCUAUUUGACGGGCUGUUGACGUUAGAAAGGGAAGGAGUAGACUUGAUUUUAGUGGAAGAAGUUUCGGAGGAAAAGGAGGGUCUGGCAAUCAUGAAUCGGGUAAAGAAAGCAGCUGGAAACUCGCAAUGGAUCACUAUUUCCUAGAAAGCGCAUGUAGGUGUUAUUGUAUCUAUUGUGCACCUUUUGCUCACAGCCCGCUGUAGCAAAGUGGCCGCGUUUACAUUGC